AUGACGUGGGAGAAGAUACCUGGGUUCAACUGGUGUGACAUAUGCUCGCAGAUAGCACGGGGGCUCAAUGGCCCUGAUUGGGCGGGCUACAGCAAGAAGACCAGGGGCAGGAUGAAGCGCGAGAAGCUCGAUGAGGCGAGGGUGGCGAUGCUGAGCUACGAGCAGCGCCGCGAGCUGGGCGCCGGCAGCCUCUCCGGCGGACCAGGGGGCGAGUGGCGCAGGGCGGUGGGCCCGCCGCCGCCGCCGUCUGCGCCCGCGGCGCUGACCGACGCGGGGGCGCCGCCGCCGCCCGUGGGCCCGCCGCCAGACGUCGAGUCCCAGCUGUAUGGCCCCGCG